GAGCGCGGCGCUAGUGUCGCAGUGUCGCCGAAAGCACGGCCUUUGGAGACGGAGUAUCGUCUGCUUCACAUCACAAACAGUAUCCACUCGGCGCUGACCGCACCCACACACACUCGCGUGUGUUUACUUCUGAAACCGCCUGCUGCCUGCUUCCAUAUUACAAUGGAAGCCACUGAACAGAGAAAGAGUUUUGGAGACAGAGGUGGAUUCAGGGGAAGAGGAAGAAGCAAUUCCCGUGGACGAGGAGGAGGAGGAGACCGAGGACGAGGCAACUUCAGAGGUGGACGUGGUGAUUUCAGAGGAGGACGAGGCAAUUUCAGGGGGGGAAGGGGGGACUCUCCCGGUGGUUUCAGAGGUGGACGAGGUGGUUUCAGAGGUGGACGAGGUGGCUCUCCCGGUGGUUUCAGAGGUGGACGAGGUGGCUCUCCUGGUGGUUUUAGAGGUGGGCGAGGUGACUCCCCUGGUGGUUUCAGAGGUGGACGAGGAUCCUCCAAUUUCCGAGGCCGUGGAGGUUUUCAAAGAGACAAUGAGAAGGUAAAUGGAGGUGAGUCAACAGAGCGUCAAGGAGGUUUCAGAGGCAGAGGCUCACGAGAUGGUUCAAGAGGUAGAGGCUCUUUCCAAAAUGGCUCUAGAGGCAGAGGCAACUUCAGAGGCUCUGGUUUUCGUGGCGAUCGUGGUGGAAGAGGUGGGCGUGGUGGACGAGGUCAAGGAAGACCCAGUACUGACAACAGCUUUGUGAAACAUACUAAGGCUAACUCUGAACAGAAAGCAAAUGGUACUGAGAAACUGAGUACACAGGAUGUCAAAAGAAAACAAAAGUUAGUCCCAGCGGAAUCAAAACAAGCUGUAUUAAUUUCUAAUCUUCCGAAGAAGGUGGAAAGCUUACAUGCUGAAUUUCAGUCUUUCAUUUCAAAGUCUGUUGGACCAGUGAAACUCAUAACGUACAACAAACUAACAACAUCAAAAUCUGCCUCUGUAUCAGCAAUUUGUGUUUUUGAGGAAGAGUCAGAUUUCAAGGCUGCGUUGGAUAAACUACAUGGGAAAGAGUUUUCUGGUCAUCAUCUUCUUGUCCAGUCUUUUAAGGAUUCUAAAUUUGAUACACAUCACACAACCAGAAAUUGUGUUUGUGUUACUAAUAUGGCUGACAAGACUACCGAAGAGGACCUAUGGAAAUUGUUUGAGGAAUGUGGCGCUCUGGGAAUGAUCCACAUCAACAGGAAUUCAGCUACUGGUUCUCCUUAUGAAGCUGUUGUUAAUUUUAAGGACCGCGAAAGUGUACCUUCUGCGGUAAAGCUGGACGGAACCCAAUUAUUAGAAUCAACAAUCAAAGUAGUCAAUCUUGAUAGAAGAUUCAGUGUUCUUGUGACCAACAUCGGAAGGCAGGUUAAAAAUCAAGAAUUUAGAGAGUUCCUUUCAGAAUGCAACUUGGCUUACUUUAGCUUUGGUGCAAAGAAAAAAAAAGAACAAAAGACUGCCUUUGUUUUUCUUGCUGAUGAAGCUGGUUACAAACAGGCUAUGGCAUUAAGUGGCAAAGACCUAGAAGGCUAUCCAGUCAAAAUUACUUCUGCUGCUGAGAAAUCAUCAGUUGAAGCAUAUGAUGUCUUUUCACCAAUGAUACCUUGUGGUGUAUCCACUGAAGAAAUCGCAAAAUUAUAUGGGGCCUUUGGAAAAGUUACCAAUUCAAUGCUACCCCUGAAGAAGAAUGUCAGCAGAAUAUCUUUUGAGACAGAGGAAGAAGCACAAGCAGCAGUAAAAGCAUCUAGUAUUAAAAUCAAUGGUGUUGUAGUAACAAUUCAUCCAACUUUCAACAAAGCUUUAAAAGUCAUCAAAAAGCUGCUGCAGAAAACUGAAAAGGCAGAAGCACUGAAAGGCACUGAUUCUAAAAAGGUUAAGGAAGUUAAGGUAGCCACCCUUAAAAAAAAGAUGGCCAUUAAGAAAGAGGAGAUGGAUGAAGAAAGUGAAGAUGAUGAGAAUGACAGCUCCGAUGAUGAACAGGAAACCAAAGUAACUGUGAAGGUUGAAAAUGAUGAAGAGGAUGAGGAGGGUAGUGAUGAAGAGGAAGAGGAGGGUAGUGAUGAAGAGGAAGAGGAGGGUAGUGAUGAAGAGGAAGAGGAGGGUAGUGAUGAAGAGGAAGAGGAGGGUAGUGAUGAAGAGGAUGAGGAGGGUAGUGUUGAUGAAGAGGAAGAAGAUGAAGAAAUGGAUGUCAGUAAUGGACUUCUGGAAUUUGAAGCUGAGGAGGAUGAUGAUGACGACGACAAUGAAGUGGAUGAGGAAGAGGAAGAUGAUGCUGACAGUGCUGAUGAAGAUGGAGACAGUGAGGACGAAGAUGUAGACAGCGAUGAAGACAUGGAAGUUGAAGAAACACCAAAACCCAAAUCUUUUACCCCAAGUAAAACUAAAAAGGUGGCCCAGUCCAUCAAACCACAAAAUGACCUCAAAAGAAAAAGGAAGGACUCUGGACCAAUUUCAAAGAAACAGAAUAAGAAGAAUAAGUAUUAGGAGUAGAUUACUUAGACUAGUGAUAAUUUUCAUUGAAGCUGACCUAGGAAUCUUCAAGAUAUUCCUACAUGUGUUUCUGUAAUUACAAAGCCUUUGAACUGUUUGUUGUCCGUUGCACUAAUUAGUGUGGGAAACACUAUAAUAAAUGUUGAUUGUUUUGA